AUGCCCCAGGCCCCAGAGGUCCCCCCGGUGCAGGUGUGGGUGGGCGGCCAGCUCUUCCAGGCGGACCGGGCCCUGCUGGUGGAGCACUGCGGCUUCUUCCGCGGUCUCUUCCGCUCCGGCAUGCGAGAGACGCGCGCGGCCGAGGUGCGCCUGGGCGCGCUGAGCGCUGGCGGCUUCCACACCACGCUGCAGGUGCUGCGCGGCGAGCGGCCGGCGCUGGCGGCCGACGAAGAGCUGCUGCAGGCCGUGGAGUGCGCCGCCUUCCUGCAGGCGCCCGCGCUGGCGCGCUUCUUGGAGCACAGCCUCACGUCGGACAACUGCGCGCUGCUGUGCGACGCGGCCGCGGUCUUCGGCCUGCACGACGUGUUCCGCAGCGCCGCGCUCUUCAUCCGCGACGGCGGGCACGCGCUGGCGGCCGAGCUGGCGCUGCCCGAGGCCCGCGCCUACGUGGCGGCGCUGCGGCCCAGCAGCUACGUGGCCGUGAGCACGCACACGCCGGCGCCCGGCUUCUUGGAGGACGCGUCGCGCACGGUGUGCUACCUGGACGAGGAGGAGGACGCGUGGCGCACGCUGGCCGCGCUGCCCCUGCAGGCCAGCACGCUGCUGGCGGGCGUGGCCACGCUGGGCAACAAGCUGUACAUCGUGGGCGGCGUGCGGGGCGCCAGCAAGGAGGUGGUGGAGCUGGGCUUCUGCUAUGACCCGGACGGCGGCACGUGGCGCGAAUUCCCCAGCCCGCACCAGCCGCGCUAUGACACGGCGCUGGCCGGCUUCGAUGGCUGCCUGUAUGCCAUCGGCGGCGAGUUCCAGAGGACGCCCAUGAGCUCUGUGGAGCGCUACGACCCGGCCGCGGGCUGCUGGAGCUUCGUGGCCGACCUGCCGCAGCCGGCCGCGGGCGUGCCCUGUGCCCAGGCGCGUGGGCGCCUCUUCGUGUGUCUAUGGCGGCCGGCAGACACCACGGCUGUGGUGGAGUACGCUGUGCGGGCGGACACGUGGCUGCCGGUGGCCGAGCUGCGGCGUCCGCAGAGCUACGGCCACUGCAUGGUGGCCCACCGCGACAGCCUCUACGUGGUGCGCAACGGACCUAAAGACGACUUUCUGCACUGCGCCAUCGACUGCCUCAACCUGGCCACGGGCCAGUGGACGGCACUGCCUGGCCAGUUUGUCAACAGCAAGGGAGCGCUCUUCACGGCGGUGGUGCGCGGCGACACAGUCUAUACGGUCAACCGCAUGUUUACGCUGCUCUAUGCCAUUGAGGGUGGCACCUGGAGGCUGCUCAGGGAGAAGGCCGGCUUCCCACGGCCCGGCUCCUUGCAGACCUUCCUCCUUAGGCUGCCUCCUGGCGCCCCGGGGCCUGUGGCCUCAACGACACCAGAACUGUGA